UCAAUUUUCAUUUCAGAUUUUCAGUUGACUUUCACUAUGACAACCUGUUUACAUUGUAUUCUUAAAAUGAUGUCAUUUGUUUUACUGAUAUCAUUUGCAAGCAGUGCAGUGAUACAAUCAAGGAUACAAGAAAUCACUAAUAGUUCCCCUGCUCCAUCUUUGAAUAAAGAUUCUUCUGGUGAAAGAGUAAGAAGGCAGUAUCCAUAUGGAGUUGGAAACUAUGGAAAUUAUGGAAUGUAUAAUGGAAUGUACAAUGGGAUGUACAAUGGAAUGUAUGGUGGAUAUGGCGGAUCUCCUUACUCAUAUGCUGGCUAUACUGGCUACCAAUACCCUUACACUAAUGGGAUAUUCCCUCUUCAGGGUGGAUACUAUCCUGGAAGUAUUGUUGGUUCUGGAUCGAUUUGGGCUGCCGGUGGAGGACUAGUUGGAAAUAUGCUCUCGUUUUUAAUUGGAUAAUCACUUUUUUCUUAAAUGAAUAGUAUUUGUAUAGUGGUAACCUCCUUAUGAAUAAAGGUUUCAACUUUCUUGCCUGGACCCGUCAAUCAUCCCGUCUUGGAGCUUUGUCCUCUUUGCCUCAAUUUUUCAAUUCAUGUCCUCCCUUCUCUUGUCUCAUUUUUUGCCCACUUUCGUUCGUUUUCCACAAUUUUCUAAUUUCUUUCGUUUCGAUCAAAAACUCUCAUAAAAUUUCUAAUACAUCUUAGCAAAACUUUCUAUUUCUAUAUCCUCCAAAAGUGCCAGUGAUGAAUUUCUAAUGAAAAUGAAUGCAAAAAAAUU